UUCCUCGACCUCGUGGACUUCACGGGCGCUUCGGCCAUUACAGUGUGCUGUCUCGCUCUACCUAUUACGUUCUACCUCAAGGUCUUCUGGAAGGAGCUGCCCGCGUACGAGCGUAUCGUUGCCAUCCUAGUUAUCGUCAUCUGUAGUAUCGUCGGUUGCUAUGUCAUGAUCUACGCCGGCAAGAACCUCUUCAAUCCGGACACAAAAACCGCCACGUUCCCGUACUGCUCUGUAGAGAGCCAAAUGGAGCCGUACUACGUCCGCAAUUCUACUUCCAACUAA